AUGUCUGCCAGAGACAAUGGCGUGCCUUUGAAAAAAGUAACAUCAGCUUUAGAGGAUUUUGCUCCACAGCAGUUGUCAGAGAAAUGGGACAAUACUGGUCUGUUAGUGGAACCAUACACCGCCAGAAAUAUUACAAAAGUUUUACUAACAAAUGAUCUGACCGAAGAUGUUGCUCUCGAAGCCUACAAUCAAGGAUGCGAAAUGAUUGUUUCCUACCAUCCUCCAAUAUUUGCUCCAUUAAAAUCCGUUGUUCAGAGUGCUUGGAAGGAACGCAUAAUAUCAUUUCUGCUUGAGAAACGAAUUUCUCUUUAUUCUCCUCAUACAAGUUGGGAUAGUGUUAACGGCGGUGUCAAUGACUGGCUUGCGUCUGCGUUCCCUGUUGCAGAAUCCAAUCCUAUAUUGCCAGGAGUCGACCCACAAGUUGGAGCUGGAAGGUCGCUGCAAUUAAAAUCAAGUAUCACCUUAUCGGACGCAGUUUCAAAAGUCAAAAUUCUCACUGGAUUAAAUCACGUGCGGUUUGCUAUAGGAAAAGGAAAGAAAAUGAUGUCCGAAAUAAAAAUAGUGGCACUAUGCGCUGGUUCUGGUAGUUCUGUUUUAAAAGGAGUCGCCGCUGAUCUCUAUUUAACAGGUGAAAUGCUCCACCAUGACGUAUUAGACGCAGCACAAAGAGGAAUAAGCGUCAUUCUAACAAAUCACUCUGAUUCAGAAAGAGGAUUCCUAACGGUGUUUUCAACCAAUCUAGCGAGUAAACUAAAUAAUGAAGUGGAGGUUAUUGUAAGUAAAGUCGACAGAGAUCCUCUUGUGACAUUGUGA